AUGGUGGCAUCCUCAGGAGAAAUCGACAGCGCCAGAAAUGAUCAGGCCGCGGCCGCGACCGCUAUUGGGGCAGGAAUAGGGCCUACAAACGCCUCCUCUCAUAGUCGGAAACCGUCUCAUCUGAGCAUCGACUCCAAGACCGCCAAUUCUGCAUUUCUCCACACACUCAACUCACAACUUCAAAUUGCUGCCAAUAGCCAAUACCAUCAGCGCCAUACUCAGAAUCAAAGUCAGGACGCGUCGUCUGUCUCUGAGAAUGAUUUCCCACUGGCGAUCGGUAUUGACAGGGCAGCGCUCAUUGCGCCCGACUUUAACACGGAUGAGUUUUUGUCGGCACGACGACACUUGCCUUUAGAGGAACUCAAAUCUCAGCUCAUUUCACAUAUGAAGGAGCUCAAGACGGAGCUCGUGGAGCUAAUCAAUAGCGAUUACGCUGACUUUAUCAAUCUCUCGACCAAUCUCAACGGCGUGGAUCGCACGAUGGAGGAUCUCCGGAAACCGUUGGACAGGAUGAAGGACGACGCGAUUGCGGUGAAAGCGAAUCUUCAGUCGCUUGUUAAUAGUCUAGAGCAAAAGCUGCAACAUCGCGCCGAGAUUCGGGAAAAGAAGGCCAGCUUGCAAUUGCUCCUCAACAUCUCGGAAUCGGUAGCUAAGGUCGAGGGGCUGUUGCAGAUCUCCAGCACUUCGGAAGCACCUACAGGACUGAGAGAUACCAGUGAAAGCAUAAGCGUUGCAAAGCGACUUGAACGCGUGGCGAUCGAAUACAAUCAGAUGCAAUACCUUGUCAGUAAGGGUGCCAAUCUUCCAUUCGUCGCUACUAUUGACUGGCGCCUGAUCAGGAUCAAGGAGACUAUGAGUGAGAAUUUAUCGACUGUCCUUCGCUCGUGCAUCCUCCCGCCACAACAGAUCGAAGGCGAUUCAUCAGCCAACAAGGAUUCUCUUUCGCAGUGUCUGAGGACAUAUGCAUUGAUCGACCAGACAACAGAGGCUGAAAAAGUGAUCACCGAUGACCUCCUCGCCCCAUUCAUCAACAAAACAAUUACACGGUCAGCGCUUUCAGAUCGGUCGCACACCCACUUCAACAGCGGACAGGACCAGCAGACACCGCUCGCCAUUAUAUACAACCAUGUCCUUGUGUUUAUCGAUACUCACUGUGGUGCCCUGAUCAAUGUGACGCAAAAGGAACUCAAGGGUACUAAUUUUGACAUACCCGUGAACUGCAUCUGGGGCAUCACCAGCCAGACGGUCUUGAAAAAUAUACCCCAGAUUCUCACGCCUGGAAUCCCGGAUGACUUUCAUCGGAAUUAUAUGGAUACGAUGGAAUUUAUCUCAAACAUCGAGGAACUUUGCGGAUCGCGCAAGUCGUUGAUGCGGUUAAGAUCGCAGGCGAGUUACCAGGCGUUCAUGAAGCGGUGGCAGCUACCGGCAUACUUCCAGUUGAGAUUUAGGGAUAUCUCUCUCUCGGUCGAGGACGCAUUCCAGAUGAAUAUCGAUGUCAGCCAAAAAUUGCCAAGCGCAGAUGUACGUCUGCCAGCGAGUAUGGCUCUUAUUCGGGCAAUUGAGAGGUGCUGGGCCCCAGAUGUGUUUAUCUAUGGAAUCGCCUACAGCUUUUGGAAGUUCACCCUGCAACUCAUGGCAAGGUAUUCGUUCUGGAUUUCGACCAAUCUUGCCAAGGAUUUAGACCUGCCUAAGGAAAGAUCUGCUCAAUCAAGGUCAUCGUCUCCUGCGCCUGGAGCUACCGGUAGCAUCGGACGUCAACAAGGCCGUUCCACGCCCGCACCUGGCGGCCCACUCCGCUCAACCGGACCCGCUGGCCGAGCAUCACUGGAGGAUAUGAUACUUCAGCAGCUUUCAAUGGUUGUGAAUGACGUCGACCAUGUCACUACACAAAUUCAAGAAAUCUUUGACCAGCAGAUCCAACCACGACUACCGCCAGCGAUCGCAAACGAACCCGUUGUGAUAGAGUCUUUUGAACAGAACUUGAAUGCAAUCCGUCAGGAUGUGCCGGCGGUGCAGCAGCGGAUCACAGAUCUUCUCACAAAGCAUUGUGUUGAGACGCUGAAUCAUGUUAAGAACCUAACCGCACGAGCAAGCGAGGGUCCGCCCAGGGAGCCCUCACAGUUCGUGCCGUUGAUCCUUGCACCGCUCGCAAAGUACAUUUCUGGAUCAGGAUCGGUUCUGAAAAGCGAGGCUAGGGACCGGUGGGCUCUGGAGGUGAUCACCGCAACGACGAACCAAUACAACACCAUUCUGGCAGAACGACUGCUAGAUACCAAGAUAACUGAGGAGAGGACCAAUAAGCUGAAGGCUGCUGCUGCGAAGUCGAGAGCCGGUGGUCUUUUGUCAAGAGCCGCGCCCAUGUUACCCAAUGCGUUCUCGUCCUCAGCAUCACUGGAUACUGAGACCAAUAUGUCGACAAACGACAAGCUGAGAUUGCAAUGCAUGCUUGAUGUCAAGUGUUACAAGACGGAGCUGACCAAGUUUGCUAUCAAUCCGAACAAGUUCCAGCCAUAUCUGGAUCUGGAGGCCAACACGCAGCCCUACGAGGGGUUACUCGCGGCUGCCACACAGAACUAG